AUGCGCGUGGAAGGUCAAGUCACGUUCAGAGUUCAGAGCAUGCCAGCAAAGCAAAUACUGGGCUCCUAUCGACCGCCCGCCAACGCACGCCCACGCCACGCCGCGACGUGGAUAGCAGCGAGCAGCGAACGUGGAUGCUACGAGCUACCGCACCGGCCCGCCCGGAUGAGCUCCCACCAGCCUCUCAGACUUCAGUUCCUGUUCCUGAUCUGCAAAGUGCCACUGCCACACCAGAAGCCUUCGAGAAACAGCCUCUUUCUCUCCCGACCGCUGGGCCUUUCCUCGGAUCCUGUACUUUUCACAUGCGUGCCUGGAUCUUCGCUCUCCUACAGAGAGAACGCCAUCAUCAAUCCUUACAUAUUCUACACAGGGCCGACCGCUGUGUUGGGAUGCUGGGGAGAAGUGGUGGGACCAUUCGGCGUGCAGCGAAACGCGCCUCUCGGGCAGCAGCGUGAGUCUAUCAGCUCGAGUCGCAUUUCGUCUCUCUCCAGAAUACGGUACAGUAGCUGGAGGAGUCUGACACUUACUUGGCAACGCAACGCUCCACGUACACGCCGCGCCAUCGAACCAGUGACUUUCAUGCGUGGCGCCAUCAAAUCAGUGUCUUUCACAUGCAAAGCCGACGAAAAGGACAGUGUAGUGCCAGCAUUACAUAGGAGAAACGUACCAGCAGUCAAACGAGCGACUACAGGCCGACUUAUCAUUGCCUUCUAUCAAUGUUCCAAUGUGCCCAAGAUCAGGUAUUCGGAGUGUCACAAGCUUAUCGAGAAGUCGAUGCAUCCGGUUUUGACCUACUACAUACUCCGAAGAAUUUUCCACGACCCGCUGCGACAAUCUGGAUGUGAUUUGAAAAUGAACAUGUUAACAAAGAUCCGGCUAGUUCAUGUGAACGCCCUUGUACAGGCCAGGUCACCUGGCAAUUGGUGCUGGUCUGGUCUGGUCUGGUCUUCUAGACAAUUACCAGGUGUCAACUCCAUACAAGAAGCCGCUUUACAGCGCUUCCUUUCCGCGGGAAGCAAGAUCUGUUAG